AUGGCGCGGCUGCGGUGGGCCCGGCAGCGUGGACGCCUGACCAAACACACCAAGUUUGUGCGGGACAUGAUCAGGGAAGUCUGCGGCUUUGCACCCUAUGAGAGACGUGCUAUGGAACUGCUGAAAGUUUCCAAAGAUAAACGUGCUCUGAAGUUCAUAAAGAAACGGGUUGGCACUCACAUUCGGGCCAAGCGAAAGCGGGAAGAACUCAGUAAUGUCCUGGCAGCCAUGAGGAAAGCUGCUGCAAAGAAGGAUUGAGUUGUAAUCUGUAACUCAAUAAAGUCCUUUCUCACAAAA